CCUUCCCCCAUUCCAGCUCGGCUCCGCGGUCGCACUGACUUUGCCGGUCGUUACGCGCCGCAACUUUGGCGCGGCGUUCAUGGAUUGCGCAUCGCCGCCGAGCCGGUGCCCGGGAUCUAUCCGUGUGCGCUACAACCUGUAGCUGUGCCCUUCGACUGAGGUCGUUAUUCCGCCGCGGUGCAAUGGCGGGACACAGCUGACGCUUUUAAAUCUGCAGCUGGAGGAGGACAGAACCAAAAUAAAGGGUUGGAGUGCAGCCCCGAGCUGAGAGAUGUAUGGGCGCUACACCCAGGAGCUGGGUGUCUAUGCCAAGGAGGAAGCGGCCCGCCUUCGGGAGGGAGGCGCACGUGACGGCGGGGGACUGCGGCGAAACACGAGCGUCCGAAGCCGAGCUGCGGAUCUGCUGGAGUACGAGAAAGACCCUUGUGCUAAGUGCCAAUCAUGUGCGUCCAGAUGCCAGAAGUUCUUGAUCUCACGCGUGGGAGAGGACUGGAUCUUCCUCAUUCUUCUGGGGCUGCUGAUGGCCCUGGUGAGCUGGGUCAUGGACUACGCCAUCGCCUACUGCCAGGAAGCACAGAAGUGGAUGUACGGAGGACUGGACAGUAACAUGCUCCUGCAGUACCUGGCCUGGGUCACAUACCCUGUGGUGCUCAUCACAUUCUCAGCUGGAUUCACACAGAUCCUGGCGCCGCAGGCAGUCGGUUCAGGUAUUCCGGAGAUGAAGACCAUUCUUCGGGGAGUCGUCUUGAAGGAGUACCUGACUUUUAAGACGUUUGUGGCCAAAGUCAUCGGUCUGACUUGCGCCCUGGGCAGUGGGAUGCCGCUCGGAAAGGAGGGACCCUUUGUUCAUGUCGCAAGCCUCUGCGCCGCCCUUCUCAGUAAAUUCAUGGCUGCUGUUUUUGGAGGAAUUUACAUGGAAGAGCCCUUUGAGGGGAGCAAGAACGAGAUGAGGAACACAGAGAUGCUUUCUGCGGCGUGUGCAGUGGGUGUGGGCUGCUGCUUUGCUGCGCCGAUUGGAGGGGUGCUGUUCAGCAUAGAAGUCACCUCCACAUUUUUUGCGGUGAGGAACUACUGGAGAGGAUUUUUCGCUGCUACCUUCAGCGCCUUUAUCUUCAGAGUGCUGGCCGUUUGGAACCAGGAGGAAGAAACCAUCACAGCACUUUUCAAGACACGUUUCCGCCUGGAUUUUCCGUUUGAUCUCCAGGAGCUCCCGGCAUUCGCCAUCCUCGGGAUCGCUUGUGGGUUCGGGGGUGCUCUGUUUGUCUACCUGAACCGACUGAUUGUCCAGUGCAUGAGGAAGCAGAAAACCAUCAACAAGUUCUUGCUGAGGAAUCCGUCUCUGCCUGUCAGACGUCUGAUGUACCCGGCGCUCGUCACUCUGCUGGUCUCAACCCUCACCUUCCCUCCGGGUUUAGGACAGUUCAUGGCUGGACAGCUCACGCAGCACGAGUCUCUGGUGGCUCUGUUCGACAACCGCACGUGGUGUCGUCAGGGUGUCGCGGAAGAGUUUGACUACAUCAGCCACCACCACGCCUGGAAGCAUCCUCAGGUCAACGUCUUCAUCACUCUGAUCCUCUUCAUCAUCAUGAAGUUCUGGAUGUCAGCCGUGGCCACCACCAUGCCUGUCCCGUGCGGGGCCUUCAUGCCUGUCUUCCUGAUAGGUGCUGGAUUUGGCAGACUGGUCGGUGAGGUCAUGGCCUCCAUGUUUCCUGAUGGUAUCCAUGCAGAUGGAACCGUUUACCCCAUCGUCCCUGGCGGCUACGCUGUAGUCGGAGCGGCAGCCUUGUCAGGAGCGGUCACUCACACUGUUUCCACGGCGGUUAUCGUGUUUGAGCUAACUGGGCAGAUAUCGCACAUCCUGCCGGUGAUGAUCGCAGUCAUCCUGGCCAACGCGGUGGCCCAGGCGCUCCAGCCGUCGCUGUACGAUUCAAUCAUACGCAUCAAAAAGCUGCCUUAUCUGCCCGAGCUGGGGAUGGGCCACCACGAGAAGUAUAACAUCCGUGUGGAGGACAUCAUGGUUCGGGACGUGCGCUACAUCACUCUGUCGUCCACCUAUCGAGACCUACAGGAGAUGAUGAAGACCGGCCACCUCAAGACACUGGCCCUGGUGGAGUGCAGAGACACCAUGAUCCUGCUCGGCUCCAUCGAGAGACUCCAGCUCCAGUCGCUGCUCUCCCUCCAGCUGAGUCACCAGCGCCGACUGGAUCACCUCCGUCAGCUGGUCCUGGACAACGGCACAGCCGAGCCGCUGCCCAGCCUGACCGACAGCACCCCCAGCUCUCCUUGCACCCACAUUAACGCCGCUGUGAACACCAGCGCUCACCACGGGGUCCGCUUCCUGGUGAGCACCCAAGAGAUCUCAACAGAGGAGUCGACCUCCUUCAGCCCCAUGGUCUCCAACACCCAGCUGCCCCUGAAGUCUGCCCUCAAAACUGUGUCGGCCAUCAGAAACACGGAGACUACGGCUAACAGUUCCCAGACUCUUUCCUGCGCUGACCAAGACAAGGAGCUGCUGGAGAGCCCGGCCGGGCCGGCUCCUCCUGAAAAGAGAAACGCCAAGACCAAACGUGUGAGGAUCUCCAUGGCGGAGUCACCUGAAGUCGACGACUGCAUGACGCCGUCGGAGAUUGCAGAGUGGGAGGAGCAGCAGCUCGACCAGUCUGUGGAUUUUAAGAACUGCAAGAUCGACCCUGCUCCCUUCCAGCUGGUGGAGCAAACAUCGCUGCACAAGACCCACACCAUCUUCUCUCUACUGGGUCUGGAUCACGCCUACGUGACCAGCAUGGGUCGUCUGGUUGGAGUCGUCUCCCUGAAAGAGCUGCGUAAAGCUAUCGAGGGCUCGGUGACGGUGACAGGGGUCAAAGUUCGCCCCCCGCUGGCCAGUUUUCGCGACAGUGGAAAUAGCACCAACGUAUCAGAGGUGACGGAACUUCACAAGCUGUGCAUCCGACACAGGGGUCUGUCGUUGCCGCGGGAACCCACCCGUCCUGUGGUGAAGGACAAGUCCAGCCUUGCGUACAAAGAGGUGCCUGUCAACUUUAUAGAACAAUCAAGUUCACAUCUUGAGCCGAGCGACACCAGCAACCCCUUGUCUGAGUUGGUUCUCCAGGAAAGCCCCUCCUUCACCGAGGACCAAUCAGAAUUUACUUUUGACUGUAGCCCCGCCCACACUGAGGAGUCAGAGCUGGCCUGUGACUAUGACCCCGGCAACCAGACUCCAGAGCUGGAAGAGACAGAGCCGGACGCUGCAGGCGCACAUCUGGACCAAGACCCAUCAGAACCUGAGGGAGCAGGAAGUCCAGUUGAGGAUCCGCCGCAAUGAUGGGGGGGAGGGAAUGUUCACGCACACUGGUCAUCUUUCUUAUAUUUAUAGAUCCAGCCUAGAUACCGUGUUUAUACCGCUGCUCUGGUGCGAGUGAGAGCGAGCAUGAGAUACGUAGUUAAUGUUUUUUAUAACCUGUUCUAUGGUGUCCCGACCAAAUCCAGACGUCAGAUCACGGCAUGAAGGACAGCUGCAGCGACUGCGGCUCCUGCUGAGUCCAAGAUACACCGUCCCUUGUGUCAAAAAGCAAGUUACAUCAACCAACAUUUGGAGGAAAUCGUGAAACAUUAGAUGACAACAUUGUUCGUCAUUCACAUGCUUCAAAAACAUCAUAGACAAGGCAACAAAUCACAUGAGAACUACAAGUCAAUAUGCAAAACCCAAACACAAUAUUGGUGCAGAAACCACAUAUUACAACACAAAAAAGAAAUGUGUCAAUCUCAGCACAAGCAAAACAGAAAAUAUUAUUUCCAAAAUUUGAUUUGGCUAACAUGUCAAUAAAAGAAACAAAAAUCACGAAGCAUCAAAACACCGGAAAUAGCAACACAAAUUCACUCACUAAAGACAGCAUAUUGAUGGGAACUGUGUAAAUAUUUGGCCCGGGGGCCAAAUCGGGACCCUAUAAUCAUUUUACAUGGCCCGAAGAACUUUGCGAAGCUCCUAGGAAAUACACAUUUUUGCCUCGUGGGAUUUAGUUUACCAUCAGGAACCCACACAAAACAUGUCAGCCAAUGCAAGAAGCCAUGAAACAUCAAAGCAAUUGUCACAUAAAAAGACACAAAAUAUGAAGCACAACACAUCAUAUCGUGCGACAGCUACACAGCGUAUUGUAUAAUACAUCAUAUGAUAAAACACAUUACAACACAAAAAGGCAAUUAUGAACAAAUCAGACUAUUUCCACACAACAAACACCAGCCUAUAGUAUAGCUAACAAAUGUCACACUAGAACACUUUCAACGUCGAAAGAGAACUAAACCAAACACAACCAAACAGAAACACAGAAGUAUCGUCAUUUCUGGACUAUAAGAUAUUACUUUUUUCUCUAAACCCUGCUGCUUAUACAACAACGCGGCUGAUGUACGGGUUUUUACAGGCUAAAGAGCGUCAUGCUGCUAAAUAUAUCAUCAAACCGAUGAAACCAUAGGAGUUUUAUUUACUUUGUCCCUAGCUCCGCCAACAGAGGCCAUCUCCUGGAGGACUGGAGACGAGAAGCAGCAGCUGAGACCAGCAGUGGUGUCGAACUUCGGGUGAAAACGGCGCAUUUUGAGCACUUUAAUGUCGAUAAAAGAUGUGAGGAGUUCAUGAUUGAAGUUCAGGACAUUGCCAAGUGUUAUGAGUCAAGACGCAGAGUUGCACCCAAGUGCAGUGGUGAAAGAGUCACAGGAGGCUGGAGCGAGUCAAUACAAUUAUUUAAUAACAAGAUACAAAAAUACACAACAAAAACUGUCACCGAGCCAAAAGAAAGAAUGCAAGAAGAGUCUGUAACAGGAGAGCAAACACAUUUACCAUUAAAACACAAAGUAAACUAUCAAGGUCGUCAAAACGAACGCACAAGUAGGGAUCAACAAAUACAGAGAGAAAACCAAGAGAGCAGGGAGAACAAAGGGAGUCAAAAUACAAAAACUCAGAACACUAGGGUUUAGAAGUAGCUGAACAGAAGAUAAUUUAAACGACGGAUAAAUGUAUGACAGCAGAGAAGAAGGAACGGAGCAGAUUACCAGCUGGAGUCCAGGUGUUGUUAACCAUGGAAGAUUAGGGGUUCAGUGGCUCCAGCCGUGUGCCACAGGAACAGGACGACAGGAGGGAGAAAGCAAAACGGGACUCAAGUGACCAAAAUAAAAGCGGAAUCAUGACACCAAGUGAGUUUCAUGAGUCAGUCUCCAUGCAGGACCCCGUUUUCAAAACUAAUUCGGAAGUGACCCUCAUGCAUUUUUUUAGCACCACUGACCUUUCUAUGGAGCAGACAGCACCACUGCACCCGCGGCUUAUAGACCGGUGCAGCUUAUGUGUGAACAACAUCUAUUUUCCUUCUUAAAUUCGGUGGGUGUGGCUAUAAUUCUAGUGCACUCUAUUGUCUGGAAAAUACUAAGAACUUGGGCUGUCAAUAGAUUUUUCAGUCUUGUUUAGUCGCACAGCAGAGUUAACAAAGAAUGAAUCGCAAGUUAACCACGUUCUGUUUUUUUAUCUGUUGAAAAUGUAACUUGAAGGAACUCGAUCAACACUAGAGUUAAAUUUGCGAUUAAUCGUGAGUUAACUCAGCUUAAGUGCGACUAAACCAAGUUAAAACUUUUCAUCUAUUGACAGUCUGACAAAGAGCAAUAGCUAACACUAAAUACGAGCGCCACUAAAAUGUCAGUAGAAAGAAGGCAACACAGCAGUGGAUAAUGCUUUUGCGGUGUUCGGCUGGGAGCCUCUGGGAUACUGACGAAUGAGGCAUGAAAAAUACAAAUUAUGGCUCAGCGUGUUUGGAAAACUGCUGACAACGGGAUUAUUGGACCUCAUUCAUUAGUGAGCAACACACCAGCGUGUGAAAACACUUCAAACUGUUCAGUUAAUAUGCAAUGGAUUGCCACUAAUAGCAUCACGAUAUGCCGUACAAACCCGCCGCCACGUCUCAUCCGUGUCCGGCGGCGUCCAAAGAUCCGAGCCCUCGUAGGAGCGCGGCUCGGAACAGCGAUGAAGCACAUUGUAACUAGCACCAGGUCAGAAAGGGCUCAGAACAUUCGGAGAGCUAAACUGAAAAAACUGCCUCAAGGUCGUCCGCUGAGAGGUUGGAUCUCCUGUACAGAGCACACCUGUAUGCACACGUGUAUAUCUAUGUAACCCCGCCCUCUGAAGCACACUGGCAACCACCGAUCCAAAAAUGAGUGAGUGAGUGAGUGAUAUGUUUUAGCGUCAUGCUAACUUCCUUAGCCAAACUCCGACCUAAUGCAUCGCGGUGCAGCACACUCAGGCUUGUUAACGUCUGUAAACCUUUGUGUCCCUUCAACUUUGUUUCGCGUAUGGAAUGUAAAUUUCUGCUCGCCAUGUCCGAUCCAUGUGUACGGCCCGGAAAUGUAGAGGGUGUCGAAGCUAACGUGCAGCGUAUCUAGUUCAGCAAUAAGUCUGUAGUAACUCCCUUUAUAUGCCUGGAUUUGCUUUGUACAUAUGGACAUGUGAUGUACAUACAUAGAAUAUUUAUGCAUUAAAUCAACAGCCAUUGUUAUUUUUCAGAGAACAUGAACUUGUUUUGUACAUGAGCAAAUGAUUAAAUUGAAGGAAGAGACCUUUCGUGUUUGGCUUCGUCGACUGCAGCACCACUGAUGAUGACUCCAUCUGCAACCUGAAGGUAAAUCCAAGAAACAAAGAGUGA